GAGACAGAGAGACAGAGACGAAGAGAGAGAAAGAAAGAGAGCAGAGAGACGAGAGCCGUUUGAGUCCGUUUUUUCAGUUAGUAUAUGAAGGUGAAACCAUGGCAUCCGACCAAGAAAUAGCAAAAGGCGUGGAGUCUGUGCUCAGUCAAGCGGACCCUACCGUCGCCACCACUUAUAAUAGCGUCGUUCAGCAGUUGGAGGCAAAGCUAGGGCUAGACCUAUCCCACAAGGCCGGCUUCAUCCGGGACCAGAUCAACCUCCUCCUCCGCACCCACGCUCAGCCACCGUCCCAUCCACAGACCCACCACUACCACCCUCAACCGAAAGACCAUUUUGCUUUCCGAAACCACCCUCAAUUCCAAUCCACCCACCCCCAACAAUUCCCUCCCCAUUUUGCCCUCCAGCCUCAACCUCACCACCUUCCCGACGAGCUCUCCUUCCGCCAGCCCCAACACCCUCCGCCGCAGCCCCAGCAUCUGGCCUCACAGGUCCAGCCACAGCCGUCGGUGACCAAGCCUGAGGCUUUCGCUCCGAAUGCCACCCCUGAGACCCCGAAGCAAAGCACUCCGGUGGGAGCCAAAAGAAGAGGUGGUCCUGGGGGUUUAAACAAAGUGUGUGGUGUCUCACCUGAACUUCAGGCAAUCGUUGGUCAGCCAGCAAUGCCAAGGACUGAGAUUGUGAAGCAGCUGUGGGCCUACAUAAGGAAAAACAACCUUCAAGAUCCAAGUAACAAAAGAAAGAUUAUCUGUGAUGAUGCCCUGCGUUUGGUAUUUGAGACAGACUGUACUGACAUGUUCAAGAUGAAUAAGCUGCUAGCCAAACAUAUCAUUGCACUUGAACCUUCAAAGGAGUCAGGUCAAGCUAAACGAUUGAAGGUAGAUAUUGAGUCUACAACUGAAAGUAGUGAACCGGGUUCAUCUGCUGUCGUUAUAUCUGAAGCACUUGCCAAGUUUUUGGGCUCUGAGGGAAGGGAGAUGCUCCAAUCUGAGGCUUUAAGGCGUGUUUGGGAGUACAUUAAAGUUAACAGUUUGGAGGAUCCUUUAAAUGCAAUGGUGAUAUUAUGUGAUGCAAACCUUCGUGAGCUGCUUGGAUGUGAAAGCAUUUCUGCAUUGGGGAUACAGGAGAUGUUGGCACGCCAUCAUUUAUUCAAACGGUCAUGAUGCAUGCAAGCAUUCACUGAUGCUUUGAUUUGCGGCUCACAUAUGAUGGUAGAACAGAUGGUGAAGACUCAUUUUCUUUUUCCUUUUUUUAUUGGGUGCCAUGACAUGGUUAGAUGACAUGUUAUAUGACUUGGUGAUAUCUAAGAAUAUGUACCCACGGGCCAAUGGCAAAGGAGUAUCUUGUAGUUAUGCCUUUGCCCUGGAUUUAAUUUUUCUGUUUUUCUUUCCAUUCGAUGCUAACCUCUGAACUGACUGACGGAGACUGGUUAGAAUGCUAAAUUCUCUGUACAUCCUUAUGGAUAACUGUGUGUAUCUUCUUAGAUGGCAGAAAUGAUUGUUGCACUUAACCAUCUA